AUGGUAGUAGAUGAAGACUUUGAGAAACUGUGUUCUUGACUGACCCAACUCGCAGCAGAGAGGUGUGUGAGUGUUCCCCAAUGUCGAAGCCAAUCGUAGUCUUCCUCCUUACCCUCAUUCCUCUUCUUUGCAGCUCCUUCUCCCCCGAGAGACCCUCAGAUCGGCGUGUCCUCGUUUUGCUCGAUGACUUUGCCGUCAAAUCCUCCCACUCUCUCUUCUUCAACUCUCUCCAAUCUCGUGGCUUCGAUCUCCACUUCAAGCUCGCCGACGACCCCAAAAUUUCGCUCCAGAGAUACGGCCAGUACCUCUACGAUGCCUUAAUUUUGUUCAGCCCCACCAUUGAACGUUUUGGAGGUUCCGUUGAUGCGGCUGCUAUUUUGGAUUUUGUUGAUUCGGGUCAUGAUUUGAUAGUCGCUGCCGAUAGCAAUGCAUCUGAUUUGAUUCGGGAAAUCGCCACUGAGUGCGGAGCGGAUUUUGAUGAGGAUCCUGCUGCGAUGGUCAUAGAUCAUACUGGAUAUGCAGUUUCUGUUACCGAAGGGGAUCAUACAUUGAUUGCUAGUGAUGAUUUUAUCAAGUCUGAUGUGAUCUUGGGAAGCAAAAAAAUUGAGGCCCCGGUACUUUUCCAGGGGAUUGGGCAUUCGUUAAAUCCUUCCAAUAGCCUGGUGUUGAAAGUUCUCUCAGCAUCUCCUUCAGCCUUUUCUGCUAACCCAAAAUCUAAAUUGACAAGUCCUCCAUCACUCACUGGAUCGUCAAUCUCAUUAGUUUCAGUUAUACAGGCUAGAAAUAAUGCUCGGAUAUUGAUCUCUGGCUCAUUGAGCAUGUUCAGCAACCGAUUUUUCCAGUCAGCUGUGCAGAAGGCCGGGAGUACAACCAAAUACAACAAGUCAGGUAAUGAGCAGUUCUUGACUGAACUUAGCAAAUGGGUUUUCCAUGAAAGAGGUCACCUCAAGGCGGUGAAUGUGCAACACCGUAAAGUUGGGGAAGCUAAUGAACCAGCCAUGUAUAGGAUCAAUGAUAAUUUGGAAUACUGUGUUGAAAUUUAUGAGUGGUCUGGGACAACUUGGGAACCUUAUGUUGCUGAUGAUGUUCAAGUGCAAUUUUACAUGAUGAGCCCAUAUGUCUUGAAGACUUUAUCAACUGACAGCAAGGGUCGUUAUUUCACAUCAUUUAAGGUUCCAGAUGUCUAUGGGGUUUUCCAAUUCAAAGUUGAGUACGAAAAACUUGGAUAUACAAGCUUAUCUUUAUCAAAGCAGAUUCCUGUUCGCCCCUACAGACACAAUGAAUACGAGAGAUUUAUACCAGCAGCUUAUCCCUAUUAUGGAGCAGCUUUUUCAAUGAUGGCAGGUUUCUUCAUCUUUACUGUUGUGCAUCUAUACAACAAGUAGAUGUAAACUUUUGCAUGAUCCUUACUGUAGUCUGUAGUACGGGGGUCGGACUUGUUUUGAGAUUGAAAAUUUUGAUUAGGCAACGAUAGACACGGAUGUUUCUAAUUUAUUAUAUAGAUGCAUUACUUGUUUUUUUCCCAUUAGUUGGCCUUACAAUUUAGCAUCAUACUAUUUUGGUUUUACAGUAAGCAUAAUUGCUUAGCAUUCCAUGAUGCUCUGCUGAUAUUUAACUAUAAGAUUGACUUAUUUGCUAACCUUUUAUGUAUGCUAACAGCGAGAGUUAUU